ACGCUGGUUCCAUUGCGAUGUCAGCAUGCGCCUACAUUUUUAAUGACAAACAAUCAACACUAAUCAUGGCCAAAAAUAAAUUACCAUCAAUAAAAAGCAACCCUACCAUCUCCGAAAUGGAAAUGGAUGCGUUAACUAUAGGAGCACGACUGGCAAUUUCCAUUGUCACUGCACUAGAAAGUGACCCAUAUCACUCCUAUCUUAGGCUUUUAGUCAGCAAUCGAUUGAAGGAACUCAGACGCAUAGUAGAAGCACUGCACAAAGAGGGUGUUCAGUUGAACCUCAGAUUCGUACCCACAAAUGAAAACCCAGCCGACGCCGGAACCAGAGGUCUUACCAAAGCGCAAGUGACUCACUUUGGUGGCACGGACCGACCUUUCUAA